CCUGAGGCGCAUCGCACUUAUCUAUCUGUAAACGAGAACAAAAUCAACAACUACAGAUACAGACGGCGACGUUUCCACCUGUGCCUGGUACUUCAAAUCACAGCAAUCAGUAAUCGGCAAGGGUACAGCAUUUUGCGAUUGCUCCUUCAGACUAUUGAACAUGUAUGGUGCGGACGAGGAAAGUGUGGUAUUAGGCAGCACCUGCCAGUAUCGAUACCAGAGUACCGACUGCCUGGCACGUGGUGCCUUUGGUCAGGUCUACAUCGCCACUGUGACGGAGCGUGGCAAUUUCGCCGGUGAUGAAACGGUUGCCAUCAAAGUUAUUCAGCUGGAUACAGCCAAGCUGCUGAGGAAUUCGGAGAAUUAUACGAAACUACGUGAAAAAUGUGAGUUACUCUUGAAGAUUAAGCAUAACCACGUGGUCAGGCACCACCAAAUCACCAUACAUUUCCCGAAACGGGAAGGAACACUCCUUUGCGUGGAACCGAUGAUGGAGUACUAUCACGAAAAAGACUUAGCUUGUCUUCUUAAUAAACUGAAACAAGACGGAAGCGUACUGAAGAGCCAGACCGCUGCUCGAUACACACAGGAAAUUGCACAAGCACUGCACUUCUUACACCAGAAUCAUAUCAUCCACGGUGAUUUGAAACCGGGUAACAUACUGGUCAAACGGCUGGGACAGUUGGGAGAUCAACUGAUAAUCUGCGAUCUGGACGAUAUUAUGGUCUGCAUGCAGAGAGAUGUCACGUGCUCGACAGAUAUGACACAUGUCCGCGGUACGAUCCGCUACAUGUCACCGGAGAUGCUGGAGAAAUUCACACUAACCGAAGCCGAAAGGAUGGGACGCCGACCGCCCGGACGCAAAACCGACAUGUGGAGUUUAGGUUGUGUUAUAGUAAAGCUAGCGCACUGCGUGCUGGGCAACCACCGGGACUGGCUGCAGAGUGCCGACGGUGAUAUGACGGAGGCGGGAGAGGAAACUACGGAUAACCGGUAUGCUAUGAUGAUAGUCGACGGUUAUACACCCGUUAUCAGCACCCUGGCGCCACCAGCUCUGGCUGAGUGUGGUCGUAACUGCUUACAGUCCGUCAGCGACUAUAGAAGCUCUGCGGAUGUCAUAAUUCAGUGCCUAAGCGAGAAAGCCGAGCUUCCCCAGGAUAACAUAAUAAUACUGCAUCGCAUAUUUGACGGUUCCAACCGAUAUUCGCUGUACGCCCAGUCGUUUCAUCCGGCAACCACUCGGUUAUGGCAGUUUCCCAUGCCUGCCAGGUUGCGGCGUAAAUACUUUGGUCAGAUUAUCGGGGUGUAUCAGAACCAGGUGCUAUGUCAGGUCACGGAAAUGCAUGACGGUAGCCCAUCCCGAAUAUUUCAAACCAUGACAUGGGACGUUGUUAAACAGACUUGCCUCUCCGUUCCUAUGGAGCCACAGACCGCUCUAAUGAAAUGUCCUGUUGUCAUUGGGAGAUUGCUGUACUUCUGGGAUAUCCGGUGCCGAUCAUUCAAAAAGGUGGAUUUACUGCAGAGCUCCGGCUCUGUCGUGGAGGAUUUGCCAGUCUGUCGAAACCUCAACCGAAUACGUCGUAUGGAGUGUGGAGUGCCAGUCAGUCAGUGCAUUAUCUUCAUCGGGGCUCCUUCUGACAGAUCCUCCAAGAUCAUGUACGUGGAAUGUUUCGAUACCGUAACGAAUGCAUGGUCUAUCCUACCACGGUUACCGGGAAGGCGCUGCGCCUUUGCCACGGUCGUCCUGCAGAACUACGUCUACAUUCUCGGAGGACGCUCGGUGUUCGUGUGGUCGGUAGAAACGCUACGGUCCUGCGCCCGUCUGAAUUGGACAACGCGCACGUGGGAACCCUUGCCCUCCUUGCGUAACGCUCGCAGUAAUCACUGCGCCUUCGUUACCAACAGUCGGGUGGGUGUGUUUGGCGGCCGAAUCGAGAACGACUAUGCCCUGUCGUUGUCGACGAUGGAAAUGUAUGACCCGGAAAACAAUGAAUGGACUAGCUCGAAGAUCACCAGCCUGGAUAGUGCUGACACCCGGGUGCUUUUCUCCAGCUACGACAGCCAAGCUGUUGCGUUUCAGCCAGUGGUACUAGAAGAAGAGAAAACUGGUCAAAGUUAAAGCGUACAGCUGACGACCGUUUUUGUGGACAGACAGUAGAGUGCAACACAAAUUACGAAAAAUUGCCGGUAUGUGGCGGUAUUAUCAUGUUCAGUCAAUAAUGCACAUUGUUCUUUCUGUUUGCGCUAUGGUCUCUCGACAAGCAUACGGUACAGCGCUGAAUAUUGUACAUUAGUAUCUGUACGAGGCAAGCGGCAACCCUUUCCCAUCGCUUUAGUAAAUUACAUCACUUUCCCUGCUGCAUCUUACACGUGUGCACGCGCUCACGUGAUAUCGUAUCCAUUGUAAUCAGCGCUUACUGAGCCGGCGACAAAAUCUCGGCUGCCGUGCUUUUUUAUAUUCUUUAUCAGUUUGCGUAAUCAACUACAGCUGCAUACCGGUUUAGACGUGAAACGGCUGAAAUCAACUAUCACGUGAGCGCCUGCACACGUGUAAGAUGCAGCAGGGAAAGUGAUGUAAUUUACUAAAGCGAUGGGAAAGAGUUGCCGCUGGCCUCGUACGUAUUUUACGAGUAUGUCUCAGAUUUACCUUUUUACUCGCAAUAUGUACAAAGCCAGCUUCGAUAAGCAAAUCCAAUCAAAGGAAAAAUUGUCCGAAUUUACAGGAGACGGGACUGUACACAGGGCUAACUGCAUUACGACGCAUUAUUCCAAAUUCAAAUGACGAAACAAAAAAUAAUGUGGAACGACUUUCGGUCUUCUAAUAAGCAGUUUCUUACCGAUCAUGUUUAUCAAUUUAAACAACUCCCAUCA